AUGCGCUCUCUCCAGUUGCCACUCAGGGUUGGCCUUACCGCCCUGCUCCUGGUCCUAUGCCUGCAGCUGGGCCUCAGCAGAGCUCAGGAAAACACUACCAAACGGAGGGUGAUAGAUUUUGAUUUGAAUAUGCCACAGACAGCAAAAGCAAAUGAAGAAGUCACUGUGCAACUUAGACUUCAAACAGAAUUGAGAGAAUGCAUGGUGGUUAAAGCUCACCUCCAAAGCAACCUCCCAAUUGAAGGUGCCUUCAACUACAAAUACACCCGCUGUCUCUGUGAAGAUAAUCCAUUAACCUUUUUAUGGGACUUUCAGAGCAACAAGACUGCAAAAAUUGCAGUAGUGGUUGACAUAAUUAAAGAGGCAAAUAUCUGUGUUCAAGAUAUUUCAGUGGUUCCCAACGAAGCAAAUCGAUAUUAUACUUUGCGUACCCUGGUCAUAGAAUAA